UGUGAAAAACCUCAACCUAUUCGUGGUGUUCUGGGAAAAACCUUUCGACUUAUUGGCUAUACUAUUCAGUAUGGCUGUAUAGCUCAUUGUGCUUUUGAAUACAUUGGUGGUGUUGUCAUGUGUUCUGGACCAUCAAUGGAACCUACAAUUCAAAAUUCAGAUAUUGUCUUUGCAGAAAAUCUUAGUCGACAUUUUUAUGGUAUCCAAAGAGGUGACAUUGUCAUUGCAAAAAGCCCGACUGAUCCAAAAUCAAACAUUUGUAAAAGAGUAAUUGGCUUGGAAGGAGACAAAAUCCUCACCAAUCGUCCAUCAGAUUUCUUUAAAAGCCAUAGUUAUGUGCCAACGGGUCAUGUUUGGUUAGAAGGUGAUAAUCUACAGAAUUCUACAGAUUCCAGGUAUUAUGGACCUAUUCCAUAUGGACUAAUAAGAGGACGUAUCUUUUUCAAGAUUUGGCCUCUGAGUGAUUUUGGAUUUCUCCGUGACAGCCCUAAUGGCCACAGAUUUUCUGACGAUUAACAAGCAUUUAUUCUUUUGAUUAUUCUCUACAAGUGAAUUUAUUAUUGCCACUGAAACCAUAUACUUACUAAUAAACCAUUUGCUACU